UGUUCCCGCGACACGAACUAAAAACGCGCGAUAGCAGGACACUUGAAGAUUAAUAUCUAAAAAUGUUUAUUCUUUAAUAUGUAAUGAUAAAAAUUUCGCGGUAUAAAUUGUUAUCUUUAAGUACUAAAUGCCGGGUGUUAAAGGGAAACAUUAAAAGAAAUUCAACAACAAAUUACAACUGGGUGGUAAUGAGGAUGGACAAAAGUAAAAUAAAGACAAAGCAAGGUAAAAUCGCUUGUCCAUUGUCAGAAUUAAAUCUAGGUAUCACUUUAAAAGGAGGUCAAAGUUUUAGGUGGUUCUCUUACAAUGAUGGAUAUAGAGGAAUAUUUGAUGGAUGUGUUUGGACCCUUAAACAAAAUGAUACUCAUUUGUUCUAUGACGUACAAGGUCCUUUACUAGAUUCUCUAAAUUAUGACGAGAUACUGUCAGAGUAUUUUAGAUUAGAUGUGUCGCUACAUGAUUUAUCUGAAAAGUGGGCUGCAGUGGAUUAUCAUUUUGAAAGAGCUUUAAAUGAAACAAAUGGUGUGAGGAUUUUGAAUCAAGAUGUAGUUGAAAAUGUAUUCUCUUUUAUCUGUAGUUCAAACAAUAAUAUACAAAGGAUUUCAUCAAUGGUAGAAAAAUUGUGUUCAAUGUUUGGCAGUCUAAUUUGCACAGUCGAUGGCAAAGAUUAUUAUGCUUUUCCAUCCGUUGAAGCAUUAUCAGGAGAAGAUACAGAACUUAAAUUAAAAAAAGAAAAGUUUGGGUAUCGUGCAGGAUAUAUAUCGAAUACAGCAAAAAGAUUACUGAAACAUGGUGGACAACAAUGGCUUUUAGAUUUGCAUAAAAGAAAUAAUACAUCGUAUAGCAACGCUAGAGAACAGUUGAUUACUUUACCCGGAAUUGGUCCAAAAGUUGCUGACUGUAUAUGUUUAAUGUCUUUGGGACACCUGGAAGCUAUCCCUGUUGACACUCACAUAUUCCAAAUUGCUAGAGCAAAUUAUUUACCUCGCUUAGUACAGCAGAAAACAGUUACCCCAAAAAUACACGAAGAAAUCAGUACUCAUUUGCGUGAAUUAUGGGGUCCUUUAGCCGGUUGGGCACAAGCUAUUGUUUUCUGUGCAAAAAUUAACAAUCCUUCUACUACUAAGUCAAAAAACAAACGUAAAAACAGUACAAACAAACAUAUCUGUAAUUCUAAAAGCCUUAAAAGGCAAUAAGCAGAAUAAUAAAUACAUUUUACUAUACUGUGAAAACUGUUAAUAAAUCUGUAGAUAAAAAAAAUGCAUGUUGAAAAAUGUUAUUCUAGAUAAUGUUUAAUAACACAGACAUUUACAACCAUAUAAAAAAUAUUAUCAAGUUUAGUUGUAAUUUAUAUACA